AUGGCCACAGCCCAGGACAGAUCCGACAAGGUCUCCAGAACCAUUAUUGCCCCGUACGGUCUGUGGAAAUCGCCAGUGACGAGUGACCUUCUGACUCAAGCCAACAUCUCCUUUGGUGAUGUGGUGGUCUUGCCACGUGCAAGGGGAGAGAGCAAGGGCAAAGUAGCAUACAUUGAGAACAGACCUUACGAAUCGGGCAGAAGCGCAGUCAUUUAUCGGUCGUUCGAUCUGCCUCUCAAGACUCCAGGCGACGGUGAGCAGGAAGGUGAGGAAGGGGAAGACCUGACACAUGGGAAGUACAGUGCCCAAUGCGGCAUACAUGAGUAUGGAGGAGGAGCGGCUGGUCUGGGCCCAAGUUCGACCGCGCAAGGGAAAGCUACGGCGCCGAUCAUUUUCACGCAAGCCAAAAGCAAUGGUGUCUUCCUGGCAGCACCGGGCGAAGAGCCUCGACAAAUCCGCGAAGGUGAGGGCAGAGUGAGAAUUCGCAGCCGUGACCGGCAUUCCCCAUACCUGAGCAUUGGUUCUUUAUGCCUCCAGACAGUCCGACAUCACUGCUUGGCGACUUUCACGCCCAUCCCACACUUCCGUUGAUGCUUUGCGUGCACGAGGACCAUACAGUGGAUACGCCAGAAGGAGUCAAGAACUCCAUCGGCUGCUUGGACACACGUACGGGGAAGCUUCAUGCCCUCGUCGAGGGUCCCGACUUUAGCACGGCUCCAAGGUUCAGUCCCUGUGGCAGAUUUGUGGUCUGGGUGUCAUGGGACCAGCCAAGCAUGCCGUUCUGGGGCACUCAACUUUGGGCAGCCAGGUUCAAGUACGAGGAAGGCAAGCCGCCCAUUGUUACGGAAGCUUUCCUCGUUGCAGGAUCGAAAGAGCAGGUCGCUCAUAUGCCGACGUGGGGUAGGACCACAGAGGAUGGAGACGCUGCCUUGUUCUUUACCGAUGACGAGACUGGAUUCGCCAAUAUCUACGAAGUGAGACUGAGACCUCUUGGAGACGAAGGGUUGCGGGUGUCAGACAAGCUGGCUAUCCUCAAGGCGCCAGAGAAGAGCGACUUUCAACAGCCUGCUUGGCAGCUCAAUGGGUGAGUGUGCCACUCACUCUAGCCACCUCUUGGCGUCUCUAAGCUCAGGAGAAUGUCGCCUCUCACAUGCAUCCACAGUUCACCUUUUGCGACCCUGAAUGCUAGCUGGAUAGCGUGCACUGUCAUUACGAGGGCUAUACAUUCCCUUGCUCUGGUACACCUCCCAACGCGUACUCUGCGUCGACUCGACACGCCUUUUCGCACAAUCUCACAAUUACGAGCAGUAGACGAGCAAACCAUCGUGUUUGUAGGAACACGCUUCGACGAGCCUGGAGCUUUGGUAGCCAUGGACCUCGGUUUAGCGCUCGAUGCGUCUCAGAAAGGGGAAGUGAAGCCGAGAUGGAUUGUUCUGAAACGAAGCAGCGAUGUCAUCACGAACGGCACUGUACCCAGAGCGUAUCUUAGCGAAGCUGUUCCAGUGGAAUUUCCCACCGUUCUGCCGGCGAGUAAGCAUGUCGGAAGUAUGGCGCCGCGCAUGGCCGCUAAGAUUGUUCAUCCUUACUACCGACAGAACGGUGACAGGAGCACAGCACAUGCAAUUGUCUUUCCUCCAAAGAACGCGCAAUACGUGGCGCCUAGGGGCUCCGCUGCUCCCGCCAUCAUCCUCGCUCAUGGUGGGCCCACAAGCGCUGCGGACGCUGGCUUAAGCCUUCUGGUCCAAUUCUGGACGACACGAGGCUUUCUAGGUGAGCAAUUCAGCCCUCAAUAGAGCUAUGCACAUGGCCAGUACUGAAGCAGGCGUCCAUGUCAUAAUGCAGUAUGCACUGUCAAUUACGGUGGCAGCACAGGAUGUAAGUGUGGCCAUCCAGCUUUUCAGAGGGUCGCGAUACCACUGACGGAUCGCCGGUCUUGCAGAUGGAAGAGAGUAUAUGGAGCGGCUGAUGGGCAAUUGGGGUGUGGUAGAUGUGCGAGACUGUGCUUCUUGCGCCGAAUGGCUUGCGAAAGGAGCCGUCUCCGCGUCUGGACACCGUGCUCAGCCAGGCCAAUCAAGACGUGAUAGAGCAGCCAGCACGAAAGGACAAGCUCAGCUGGCUUUCUUGUCCGAGCGCACGCAAGCGAGCGGAGCCAAAGAGGUCAUCUUCCGCAAUCCGGACGCUGGUUGGAAGUUCGGAGCACUCGACGUGUUGGGCCUGACCGCGACGACUGCACUUUCAGCGCUGCCACUUCUGUCCAACGUGAGCUUUGCGUUGGCGAUGCGGGAUGCCGCAAGCGACCUCUGACACAACACUGCCUCAACACUGCCUCCAAUUGCACGAAAUGACAGUUCGGCUUAAGUCCUGCUUUGGCUGUUCUUGCAUUUUGGGUGUACUGGCUGUUCAAGCACAUUGUAGAAGUGCAGCAAGGUGAGUCGCGCUCUCUAGUCUGCCAAUGCUCUCGUCUUGACAAGGUGUCUUCCUUGGCGCUUUGUUAGAGACUGUUACAAGCAUCCCGGGCGUAGGUCUUCAGUUGACUACCAUCAAGGGCUUUUCCAUUCCGUGGGUUCACGACCGGAGAGGGAAAGUCGAGGGUUCACCAAAACCAGAGACCUUGCCGGGUAGCCAAGUGCCCACUACGGCCGCAGCACACUUCCAAGCCGUGACAUUGCGGACUCGUUUGAUACCACGCGAUUCUAUCUUGGAUGUCGUGACCAUCGAAGCUUUCAGGAGAUGGGAAGUUAUCGACUAUCUCGCCAUCAUGACGAAAGCUGCCGAAGGAAGCGAUGGCGCUGGAAGAGGAGGUCAAUUGGAGGUCAUCUUCCCUGUGAGUGGUGAUUCUCGUCUGUCGCAUCCUGCAUCGCCGCUUCGCUGAUUCAAGGAUUUGGGAGCAACAGAGUCUCUUGCCAAAGCUGCCGGUCGUAGAAGCCGUCUACGAAAAGCUUUUCGAUCGACCAGCUCCCGCAGAAGCAACCGGAUGGGAUCCAGCCAGUCAGCAACAGGGCGGUCCGGUCCACUCGAGAUACGCUGCCAACGAUGAGGCUGUCUUCCCAUCUGUCGAUCCAAGCAGGAUUGCUAUAGCUGGGCAAAGCUCUGGAGGUAAGGCUGAGGGCGCACCGGACUUUUCAGCAGGACAGGACGACUUCUGACACAUUGCUCUGUUUCUCUCACAGGCUACACCGUAUUGGCAGCUCUCUGUGACUAUCCCGAUGCAUUCUCGUGAGUGCUUUCCAGCGAUUGGGAUGUUUGAGAAUGGUGGAAUCGGAUGACCGACUUUGACGCAAACACGUCCUCACGGCAUACAUCACUUUCACUACAGAGCCGGUCGAUCCUCUUUUGGCAUAUCUGAAUUGAAGCAGCUGGCGGAAUUGUCGCACAAAUUUGAGCUCAGGUAUCCUACUGGCUUGUUGGGAGGCACUCCGGCAGAGGUUCCAGAAGUGUAUCGAUCGCGAAGCCCUCUUUACAAAGCGGAUCGUAUCAAGGCGCCCGUGAGGCUAUUCCAGGGCAGCUUGGACAAAGUCGUGCCCAAAGAGCAGAGCGAGGCUAUCCGAGAUGCAAUCCUGAAGAAUGGAGGCCGGGUUGAGUACACACUGUUCGAAGGCGAAGGUCACGGUAAGUUUAGGGUGACGGUCCUGUGAUGUGUCUUCCUGAAACAUGAUGAAUGACGUACUGUUCGAUCCGCGGUAACAGGUUUCCGCCGAGCUGAAAACCAGAAGGCAGGUGAGAUCGAUUCUGUCGAGGAGUUCCUGGGCUCGUGCUUAAAUGCUGCAUCUUGCCGCCUGUACCACUCAGCUCUGGAAGGGCAGCUUGAUUUCUACGUGGAUGUGUUCAAGCUCAAAGAUGACGCGGUGACGAAGGUCGGAUGA